AGUUAAUUUCCACUAUAAUAACUACCUCUCUUAGGUCAAAUAUAAUACCAAACCUAUCUAUCUUCCUAUUUCCCUUACACGCAUAAAAUUUCCAUUGACCACAACUUCAUUUAUAUAAUAUCGUUGUAGCUAUCUAGAUCGUAUGUCCAAUCUCCUCUCCACCUUCAAUAUAUUCAUCGUAAUUUUCUAUAAUUCAAAUUUCUAAACCGAGUCAAUUAAGGAGGCACGAAGAGUUAACAAAGAGUCCUUAUAUUUGAUUAUUCGAAAUCAAGUGGGUGAUUGAAUUAUUGGUGUUAGUGCUGAUGGACAUGUCUCGACGAGCUAGAUCAACCAACUUAAAGCAAGCAUCCACCUUGUCUGAUGCCUCUGAAAUUCCAUUACUCCCCACUAACAACGACGACAACAACAACAAUCAUGUAACAGAACGACCACCUAUACCUCGGCCAACGAUUUCUCAACGUGCCUUAGAAAGCACGGCUCAUUUAGCCAACCUACUCCCAACAGGGACACUCUUGGCGUUCCAACUUUUGAUCCCAAUUUUCACCAACAACGGAUCGUGUGAUGCCGCGACGCGUCCCCUGACAUUAAUCCUCCUUGCUAUGCUCGCAUUUUCGUGCUUUUUAGCUUGUUUCACUGAUAGUUUCAAAACACCAGACGGGCAAAUUUACUAUGGAUUAGCUACGUUCAAAGGUUUGUGGAUCUUUGAUUAUCAGGCAGCUUCGAUUUCUGGUGUGCCUAGUGACUUGAACAGGUACAAAGUAGGGUUUAUUGAUUUUGUUCAUGCUGUGUUGUCUGUUCUUGUGUUUGUUGCUGUGGCUUUGAGAGAUAAAAAUGUGGUGAGUUGCUUCUAUCCUACACCUAAUCAUGAGACAAAACAGAUACUUGAUAUUGUUCCUAUUGGAAUUGGGGUAAUUUGUAGUUUGUUAUUUGUGGUCUUUCCAACUAGGAGACAUGGUAUUGGCUUCCCUGUUACGCCUGAUAAACGGUGAAAAUUGAAGUCAAAACUGUAACAUUUGAUGUUGUUAUUUGUCAAUUAAUUUAGUUAUUUGUUUAAUGUUUUGGAAAUAUUGUGCAUUCCAAUAUUAAAUAUAACAUAAUGUCGUAGUGUUUAGGUGGUGUUAUGAGAUUAGAGUCAAAUAAUUAUUCCAACAUGUACUAACGAAUAUUCCAUCUCGACACAUGAUCGAUUUUGCUUGUUUCGCGGAAAAAUAAGAGUUGCAAGAUUAUUUUAAAGAUGGUGGAUGCCACAGUUGAGAAUGCAUCCGCCCUAAUGAAAAAAGAGAGGUUGUAUCUGAA